AUGCAGUUCAGUAGCGGACGAAGCGUUCCUUUGCGCAAAUUUUUGGCAAAUGUUACGUUUAAACGGACAGCCGCUAUCUCCUCCACGAGGCGCGUUCGAACGAAAACACCAGUCGAAAGGGAACUCGCCCCGACCUGUUCCGUCGGUUCACGAUCUUCCUUGCUCUUACUGUUCGUCUCGCAAAAGAGAAACACACCGGCUCGCGUUUAUGCACACUUGGACGACGGUCGGGGGCCGACUGUUGCCACCACCGUGAUCCACGACCACGUGGACCUUAGCAAUGCCUCAACAUCCGCUCGUGAAUAUGUAUUUAUAGAUCCGCUGUGUAAACGUAUCCAGAGUCCAGAGCAAACAGGACACGUCGUAAUAAUCAUAGAUACGCGAAUUAAAGGACGUCAGGCCCUCGAUGAUAUUGUCUCGGCGAUGAUGGUGACGAUAACGUGUAAUAUUUGGCUUCCGAUAACGCCUCUUCUUCGACCCUCAACGCCAAGUAAUCGUAUCUUGAGCCAUACUGACCUUUUGAUAUGGUAAGAUAGAGUUGUUUGAAUCGCCUAACAUCUCGAAAUUCAAUCUUGAACUUUUCAUAAUAUAAUUGAGCUUUUCAUAAUAUAAUUGAACUUUUCAUAAUAUAAUUAAUCUAGUUGAAUAUUAUGAGACACGACUAGUCUUUAAUAUAAUAAUGAAAGAGUAUAGGUGUAGAAAAUAUCGCGUGUACUUUAGAUCCAACAAGACCAAAAAGUGCGGUAGAGUGUAAUUGCACGAAUCCUCUAGCAUUCUUUUAUUUAUCUAUCGACCCAUGUCGCAUUGAUAACAACGGAGAAAUUCUAUGGCUCGCAAUCGUUGCUCCUUGUGUGGUCUUCACGGUCGAAUGUCGAUCAUGUGACCAUACAGAUAUCUUUGAUAACACUAGAAAUCAGAGAAAAAGAUACAAAAGGAAUAUCGCAAAAAGACAAAAGUGAAAAUACGCGAAAAAAAGACAUAUUAAUCAGAAUACGAGUUAUCUACCCUUCCGGGAAACAUCGUGUCCGGUGAAUGAUAUGCACUGCAUGUUGACAAUAAU